AUGGGUGACAUAUCAUUGAGCAAAAGCAACCAUGGCAAUGUUGUGGUACUCAACAUCAAAGCUUCUUCUGUUGCAGACACUUCACUUCCUUAUUUUCCUCCCAACAAAGACGAGUCAUCCUCCUCUCCAUUGUUCUCCCUCCAUUUCAUGCAAAAGCUUAUAGCGGAACUCGUGGGAACUUAUUACUUGAUAUUUGCGGGUUGUGCCGCUAUUGCCGUUAACGCUCAACACAACAAUGCAGUGACUCUUGUUGGAAUUGCAGCGGUUUGGGGUCUAGUGAUAAUGGUUCUUGUUUACUCUCUAGGCCACGUCUCCGCACAUUACAAUCCUUCUGUCACUAUCGCUUUAGCAUCGACCCAGAGAUUCCCUCUGAAUCAAGUACCGGCCUACAUAGCUGUUCAAGUCAUCGGAUCAACUUUAGCUUCUGCCACACUACGUCUUCUCUUUGACCUAAACAACGACGUGUGCAGCAAGAAAAACGAUGUCUUCCUCGGGUCAUCUCCUAACGGAUCUGACAUUCAAGCAUUCGUGAUGGAGUUCAUUAUCACCGGCUUCCUCAUGUUAGUCGUCUGUGCUGUUACAACCGCCAAGAGAACUACUCAGGAACUAGAGGGGUUAAUCAUUGGCGCAACCGUCACACUGAAUGUUAUCUUUGCCGCAGAGGUAUCAGGAGCAUCGAUGAAUCCAGCAAGAAGCUUAGGACCUGCACUUGUGUGGGGAUGUUACAAAGGGAUAUGGAUUUACUUGCUGGCUCCAACACUUGGAGCUAUCUCUGCAGCCUGGAUUUAUAAAAUGUUACCGUCUACACAGAAAACUGAGCCUGACUUCUCCAAGACUGGAUCUUCUCAUAAACGAGUUACUAAUCUUCCAUUGUGA